GUAAAAUCAGCCAUAAACGAACUCAACAAGUUCAGGGGAAGCACAAAAGACUAAAGAUAAAGUUUCCAUCUUUAUAAUCUUCUGUCAGCGACAGGUCUGAUCGUUGGAAGGUACAGAAAGCCAAGAUGAAAGUCACUGUAAUGACCGCCGACGAACAGAUCCUUACCAUUGACGUCGAUCCUCAUGAAACUGUGGAAAACGUGAAGGCUUUGCUCGAAGUGGAGACGAAUGUGCCACUUCAGCAACAGCAGCUUCUUUUCAAUGGGAGGGAAAUGAGGGACUCUGAGAAACUGAGUGCAUUGGGUGUGAAGGAUGACGAUUUAAUCAUGAUGGUCUCUGGUGUUGAAUCUAGACCAGCUAACAAUGAUUUGGGCUUGAAUCCUGAUGGUUCUGCUGUGAACGCUGGAGCACUCCAGCAGCACCUACGACGCGAUUCCAAUCUUCUAGGACAAUUAUUUCAGGCUGAUCCUGAACUUGCGCAAGCUAUAAAUGGAAAUGAUCUCAAUAAUUUACAAGACCUUUUAAGAGCCCGUCAUCGUCAAAGAUCUGAGUUGCAGCGUCAACAAGAGGAGGAGCUUGCUCUUCUCCAUGCUGAUCCUUUUGAUAUUGAAGCACAAAAGAAAAUUGAAGCUUCCAUUCGUCAGAAAGGAAUCGAUGAGAAUUGGGCAGCUGCCUUGGAGCAUAAUCCAGAGGGUUUUGCAAGGGUGGUUAUGUUGUAUGUUGACAUGGAGGUUAAUGGUGUCCCAUUGAAGGCAUUUGUUGAUAGUGGUGCACAGUCAACCAUAAUAUCAAAAAGCUGUGCUGAGCGAUGUGGAUUGCUGAGGCUUCUAGAUAACCGUUAUAAGGGUAUUGCUCAUGGAGUUGGCCAAUCAGAGAUACUGGGUAGGAUACACGUUGCUCCAAUCAAGAUUGGAAAUAUAUUUUAUCCAUGCUCCUUUUUGGUCCUGGACGCCCCCAAUAUGGAGUUUCUAUUUGGAUUGGACAUGCUCCGUAAACACCAGUGCAUUAUUGAUUUGAAGGAGAAUGUCCUGAGAGUUGGAGGAGGAGAAGUUUCUGUACCAUUUUUGCAAGAAAAAGACAUCCCAUCCCAUUUUCUUGAUGAAGAAAGAUACUCCAAGCAAGCGUCCAGCUCAGGAACUGCAGUUCCAUCUGGAGCAACUGAAAAGAAUUCUCAUGCACAAGCAGGACAGACUUCUGGAGGUGCCCGUGGCGAUGUCACUCAGAAGCCUGAUUUUGAAGCCAAAGUUGCGAAGCUUGUGGAGCUCGGUUUUGCAAGAGAGGCAGUGAUACAAGCUCUUAGAUUAUUUGAUGGCAACGAAGAGCAGGCUGCAGGGUUUCUCUUCGGAGGCUGAAGAAAAAGAAAACUUGCAUAUUUACAUUCUUUUACACUGUUCUUAGGUUUGUUGAACAAACCUUGCAAACUGAAAAAAUUAUAUUACUUAUCUGAAAACCAUUUGAUUCAAAAUUUAUAGGUCAUAGUCACUGACAUGGCCUUGCAAUUCAAAUGGCAGUUAAUUUGCUAAGUUUGGAUGUAAUAUUUUCCAUUUUACAGGACGAUCAAAAAAUAG